AUGGGGGCCCGCGUUUCCGAUAGGAUUAAGCCAGACUUACUGCUCGGUCAGAAACACGGCGCGACGCAGCCCUCCCCUCCCCCCGUCCCUAUGCCUCCACCCGCCGCAUUAGGAGCAAUCAUAUUCGACGGCUGCGAGGUUUUGGCAUCCGUUCACGAGUCGGGAUGCGAGGCUGACAUGCUGGAGGGCGCGGAGGUGGGCCGGCACUCGCCGCCCCGGCCGCAGCGGGAACCCAUCAAUCUCAAGAAUGAGCUGCUAAGGAAUGUGCAUAGAAAAUUAAAAAGGAGGACAGACUUAAGUGCGAAUAAGCGCGCUCGGUGUUCAAGUGUUGACCGUAGAGUUCGCCGGGAAAGUCGACAUUUUCCAGCUCAAAAGAGGUCCUCGUACCGCCGAAAGACUAAACAUUUCCCGCUUCGUUAG